GUUUAUGAAAUAGGUAAUUUGGAGUUUCUGAGAGAUAUUAUUCCCCCAACAAUUAAAGGUUAUGAGUAUCUGGAAAUAAUGAAGAAAGUUGAAGAACAGGAUAAAGCUAUCGCAAAAGAAGAGCAAGAGAUUUGAUGUUAUGGCUAAAGCAACAUCUGUACAGUGUCCAUCAGAGAUCUGCUUUAAUCCACUUUCCAAUGAUUUGAAUGCAUCUGCUAUAAAAACAUUAUUACAGAUUAUCAAGACAUGCAUUGGACCAAGAGGAAAGCUGAAAAUUAUUCAAAAUAUAUCUGGUGGACAUGUUUCUGUCACUUCUUCAUCUCAAAGAAUUUUUCAUAAUGUAUCUGUAAAAAACUAUUUAUUAAAAUUCAUUAUAGCUUCUGCUCAGUCUCAUUUGAAAUUUUUUGGAGAUGGAGGUUUAUCUUGUGCACUUUUAAUAUUGAGAUUAAUUGAAAAUUCUUUGACACUUAAAUGCCCAUUGCCCUUGCUUGGUACAUUAUAUGAUCAUUUUGGAAAGAUUUAUAUAGAAUGUUUAAGUUUAGAAAAUAAUUCUUGCAAUUUGAAUGUAGAUUUCUCAAAUAUUACUGACUUGCUUUGUGUUGUGAAUUCAUUACUGAAUUCUAAACCUGGUUGUAUAUUAAGUGCAGAUGAUAAGAAUCAUCUUAGUUUAUUGCUGUUAACAGCAUUUUUAGAUGUCAUUCCAUGUAAUACUGCUAAAACAUUAGAUAAUUAUAAUAUUAAAUUAUUACGUCAAGAAGGAUUUAAUGUAAGACAAUCUAAAUUAUAUGAAGGAUUACUUAUUAAAAAUACUCAAGAAAUAUAUCAGCAAACUUGUUCAGUUUUGAAUGCUGACUUUGGUGCAUUAAAAAUUGCUCUAUUUACCAUAUCUUUAGCUGGAGAUGCUGAUUUUCCUGUUGAAAAACUUGAAGUUAAUGAUGCCAUUAGUGUGUGGGAAUCUAUUUUAAGUCAUUUAGAAAAAAUUGCAUCUGAACUUAUCUCGGGAAAAGUAAACAUUGUUGCAUGCCAAAAAGUUGUGCAUCCAAGGAUAAGAAAAAGAUUGGAAGAUGCAAAUAUAUUAGUUUUUGAUAGAUUGGGCAAUGAAACUACAAAAUAUUUACAGUUUAUUUCAGGUGGGUUCAGUAAUUGUUCAUUGUUCUCAAAACUAUCAUUUGGUUUAUUAACUAGUAUAAAGCAAGAAACAGUUGGGAAACAUUCAUUUUUUCUGCUUUGUAACAAAGAUAAGCCAUUUAAAACGUUCAUGAUUUGCAAUUACAAUGAAGAGACCCUGAAUGAGAUGCAGACUGUAUGUCAGCAAGUUAUUGAUACAUUAUUCCGCCUUCUUAAAAAGCCUAGAGUUUGUUUUGGAGCUGGCUGUACUGAAAUGUAUCUAAGCAGUGUAGUAAAAGAAAAGGUAAAGGAAAGAUUGGACGAAAUUGUUAAAGAAACGGAAUGUACACACACACAAGCCUUGGAAGCAUUAUAUAUUUUUCUGAAAAGUAUAGUUGAUGUUUCUGUAUCAAUUAAUCAAGGUUCGUUAUUGGGUUUCAUUACUGAAACAUCACAUGCUCAUUUAUGGAAAAUUCAAAAUGGAAAAUGUCCUGCAAAUAAUGAUAAAUGUAUGUGUGGACAAUAUAUUGCUACUGAUGAUCAUUAUGAAUGGAAGUUUUUUCCUCCUUCUUUUAACAAUUGGUUAGUUAUGUCAGAGGAAAAGUUUAUUGAAAAGAGUGAAUCAUGUAAAGGAUCAAUAAUUUUAGAUGAACUUAGUUGUAAAAUCAGUGCAUUUUCUGUGGCAUUCGAAACAGCAUCUCUUUUACUAAAGGUUUCAUUGUGUGUAUAUCCAUCUCUAUAAUUUAAAAGUGUAGGUAAACCUAAAGUUAUCAUUUUAAAAUACAUUUUGAGGCUAGAAGUUGAUAAUUUUCUACAUGUAAAAAAUGUCGUUUACUCUAAAACAAUUAACAUUCACAUUAUAUAUAUAUAUAUAUAUUUUCCUAUGUAAAGAUUGUAUGUAAUAUGACUAUGAAAAAUAACUCCAUGGUAAUUUUGAAUAUUUUUACCAAGAAAGCUAUAAUUAAAUCCUUUCAAAAGCUGUUCUGAUUUUUAAUUAAAUUUUGCCUUUCACAUUAUGAGCAUUUUAUUCUUAAAAUGUCAAAAACUAUAUUAUGCCUUAAUAUUAAUUUAUGUUGGGAAAUGUUUUAGUUUGAAAAAGUAAAAAUUUUUGACCAUGUACAACAAGUGAUUUUAUCAUUUGGUUUUGUCUAAAUUUACUCAUUAAUAUUGCAAAUGAUAAGUGCACUUGUUUGAGAACUUAUAUAUAUUAAUAGGAAGAAAUAUUGUAGCGAGCUUGCUAAAAAGUUACCAGGAGCUGUCGCUCCACGAAAUAGUUCAACGCAGUAUUAGUGAAAUAUAUUAACAUUUAGAAGAAAUUAAAAAAAAAAAAAAAUUAUUAACAUGGAAAAAAGAACUGCUUACACACGAAAUAAAACUGUUUAAAAUCAAUGUUGGAAAACAUGUGAAUGCACGAAAAAACUAAUCUGAUCGUUGUGACAUGUGAAAAGUUAAUACAUAUAAAAAUAGAUCGACGGAACAAGUUAAAACAAAAUAAAAUUAAAAAAUAAUUAAAACAUAAAUAGCAAAAAUUAAAAUUAAAACAUAAAUUGCAAAAUUACAAAAAUUAUAAAAAUUACAAAGCGGAAAAUGGUAAAUUAGCCCAAUCGGACCCUCAACCAGGCUUUUCAAGGGAAAAAUAGUUGAAUGUCGAACUAGGCCAAAUACCAUUACGCGUUUCGCCGAAACAGAUCAUUGAACUCUCUUUUUCUAAAUAUCUCUCUUUCUAGUUAACUUUAGUUGUUAGCAAAAAAAGACACCAUUCUCUCUGCUAAACUUAUAUGUCUGCAAGUAAGAUCAUAAUGUCAAAUAUGUAUUUGUGUAUUUUAUGUACAAAUUUAUAAUUUUUGGUGGGCAUAGGCAGAUUAGAAUGAAGCCAGUAACCAGUUCCCAUUUGAAAUUCCCAUUAGUAAACAGUUCCCAUUUGAAAGGUGUAUAGCCUAAAAUACUUCAUAAAAAUUUCUGGAAGGACUGCAUAAUUAUUCUUUGAAUUUGUUACAUAGACUGUUAGUAAUGUAGGCAUAGAGAACUGAAAAUUAAUAUUGAGAGAUUUACAUAAAUGCAUUGUUUAUUUCAUAGUAGUACCUGAACUUUCACAAAGCUAGCUGUUGACCAGUUUAGUUGCUAUGUUGAAACUUUUGGCUUUUGGAAUUUUUUUCCCCCUCCAGAAAUAUCAUUUUUCAUUAACAAUGUUUAUCUUUCAUUGGUAAAGGACUUUACAUUAGUGAUAAUUUUAUUUUUAUGUUUAAAACAUUUAAACUUUAGGAAGCUGAACAAAAUUUGAAAAAAUUCCAAGUAUUUCUUUGUUUUUUUAAUUCUAAGGAUACUUUUUCAUAUAAAGUAAAGCCUAAAAAUUCCACUUAUUAAUAUUUUUUUAUUUAUUAAACUGUUAAUUUAUAACAAGUUUAACAGAAAAUUUUCAUAAAAAAUAUUCUCAUCAAUGUAAUAUGUACUUUAUUUACUUUACUGUCUACUAAGCCAAAUAAUAACUCGAAUGUCCUUUUUUAUAUUAAAUUUUCAGUGUAAUUUUGGAGUAUGUCUGUGAAUAUGAAAAUGCUGCUCUUUAAUUAUUGAUCAUUAUAUUAGUAUUAUAAAUACCACAUUCUUUUAUUGGUACUUUUCCGUUUCGCCGGCGCAAAUCUCACCAAGCAGACUUUAUUGGCAACAACACACGGUGUUUACUUUCCUGUGUUUAGAAUGGCGCAGAAAUGGAUGAUGUAGUUUCGAUUUUAAAUAUCCUUAAUAAAUUCAACGACUUUUGGUAUAUUUAAACCAAACUGCAUACAUUUAACAAAAAAACAUUCAUAAGUAAACAUUUAGUAAUAAUUCAGCAAUACAGAUAAGCUUUAAAAUAAGAAUUACAACCGUUACAGGUCAGCUACGCGUUUAGCGACCGAAUUCUACGAACGUCAAAUCUCAAAAGCGUGUUGCCAACGCAGGGCAAUGGAUAAUUCGAUAAGCAUGGAAGUAAGCACACGGUAUACACAUAAAACAUAUUAACAAAUGUUAGUUCUAAGGAUUUUUUAUUUUGAAGGCAUAAACAUUUUUAUGUCGUUUAAAAUUUUGUAAAAAGGCAAUAAAUAAAGACAAUAAAUUUGUAGAACAAAAUUAAUUUAAGAAUU